GGAGGGGGGGUUAUUAUAUAUUCUGGGCAAGAGAAGACAGUCCAGGAAGAGACGCAAACACAUCGCUCCAGCAUCAGGAUUUUCUCUGACUUUGUGAGAAGUUUUCCCACUGCGCCACAAUGCACCUGAAAGUCUCAGCUGGUCUUCUCUGCCUCCUCUGUGCAGUUCUUUUUUGUGGAGCUCAGACCUCAACCCCAUCCCCAAACACCACCACCACUACAAACAGCACCCAGUCCACCUCCGCAACCCCCCCUCCCUCAACGUCCACGGCCACCAUGACAACACAGGUCAACAACGUCACUGAGAUCACCCCUACACCUAAGAGCGGUCUGUCGGAUGGGGCCAUCGCGGGCAUUGUCAUCGGGAGUAUCGCAGGGGCGGGGCUGCUGGGGGGCGGAGUGUACGGUGCAUUGAAGUACACUGGGAAAAUCUAACUCCGGCUCUGCACCAGCCCAUAGCACUGAAUGAUACACCUUAUGGAAGUGUGUGGAAAUGUGGAGACUAUGCAUGAAGCUAAAGUCUGAUAGGCCCAAGUACUAAACCUGUACAUGUACGCUGAAGAAACAUGCUGCGUUCAAUGACUCCACAGGCCUAAAGGAAGACUUCACUUCGUUUGAAUACUGUAAAAGCCUCAUAUUACACUAUUUUCUGAUUUGUUAUAAUGUUAUUUCCUCAUCACAAACAUACCUGGAGUUGUGUUUUGUUUCAUUCACAUAUAAAUCCUCUAUAUAUUUACUGUGUUUUUAAACUCCAUACACCUUCACUAGAUUUAUGUGAAUGAUUUCAGCCCUAGAAUUGUCGAUUUCAACUAAACAAAAUGCAGAUUAAUAAUAAAGGAUUACUCAAACAUGUGUGAAUGAAGCAAAACACAACUCCAGGUCUGUUUGUGGUGAGGAAAUAACAUUCUAACGAGGCUUAAAGCUCACAAUUGGACCUUUAAUGACUUUAUUUUAAUAUAAUGUCAAA